AUGUCGGACCAGGAGACUGCGACGACAGCAGCAGCGGCUAACGACGCCGCUGCCACCGAGCAGAUGUCGGUAUCGGCUGCACAAGCAGAAGCAGCCUCGACAACCGCCGCGUCUCAAGAAUCAGCCGAAGCAGCCGGCGGAAAUCUGGAAGACACACUGUUCGGAGAUGAUGACGACGACGAAGAGGAGCAGGUGCGCGCUGUUCAGCGAGCAAAGAACGUUGAUGCUGUCGAGCGCAGCGCACCCAUCGACGCCGGCGAUGACGAUGAAGACGACGAAGACGAAGGCGUGCAUCGCAAAGUUCGCCGACCGCGACAGCGCGUCGCUUCCGCCUCGGCUUCUCCACCUCCGACCGGAUCAAACGGUCUUGCCGCACCCCCGCCCCUUGACCCCUCUUCUCCUAUCCGCGCGAGCAACGGUCAAUCCGACCGAUCAUCCCGCUCCGCCAGCCCCUACGGUCUCGAAGGCUCCCAAGACCUGGACGAAGACGCAAGGCGUCAACUCGAGUACAAGGAAGACGACGAAGAAGAUCUUCAACCCGACGACAACAUCGAAGUCGCCCACCUCGCCCUUCCCCAACUACCCGUCCGAAGAACGAAGGAACACUGGCUCGCAAGGAUACCGCAUUUCCUGCGCUACGUCACCGCUCCUUUUGAUGCGGACAAGUGGGACGAGGAGCAAGAGGAAAAGAUGCUGGUGGAAGAAGGCUUCAAUUCCGGAUUCGGUAACGAUGUUGGAGCUGCGAGUCUGUUGAGGACUUCCAACACGAUUCGUUGGAGGUAUACCGACCAAGUGGAUGAGGAUGGUGCCAAAGUGCCCGAGUCAAACGCACGGAUCGUUCGCUGGAGUGACGGCACCAUGUCGUUGCAAGUCGGUAGUGAACUGUUCGACAUCACGCAGCAGACGGAGAAGGGACGUGUUUCGACCACCAAUACGGGUACCAACACGCCGCAGAUGGGUACCAGCUCGCAAUCUGCCGGACCGUCAUCGUCACAGCUGUUGAGUCAAGCGACGCAAAGCAUGCCCAUGGGAUCCAGCGGAUCGUCUAACCGACCCGCACAGUCCCUCUCCUACCUCGUAGUGCCGCACGAGCGCGAGCAGGUCAUGGAAGCACAAGGUCCCAUCGCCGGCACACUCGCCUUCACCCCCGCCGAUACCCAGUCCGAAACCCAUCGUCGCAUCGCCAAGGCUCUUCGAUUCCAAAAGACCGCGCGUGUCGUCGCCACCGCCGCCGGUGCAGGCGCGCUCGAUCCCGAGGUGGAAAAAGCCCGCAUCGAAAAGGACCUCAAGGACGCCGAAAAGAAACGCAUCCGCGAACGCGAGAAGCUGGAUCGUCAGAACGGCAAGUUCGACGACGACAUGUUCGACGUCGAUGCACGUCGAAAGACCCGCUACGCCUCCGGACGGAAGAGCGGCGGUGCUUCUCGAAAUGCAGGCUACUACAGCGACGACAGCGAUCUUGGCGGUGGUGAUGCUGCGGACGACAUCGGACGCGUGGGAAGCAAGCGUGGGGGUGCCGCUUCCCAGCGUUACGCCGAAGACGACGAUGACGGCUUCAUCGUCGACGACGAAGGUGACGAGGACGAGGAUGAGGAUGGUCAGGGUAGGAGUGGUGGUGGACGAAGGAAGAAGAAGCGUUCAUCGGACGAUGAGGAUGCGAUGGAGGUGGAUGACGAGCCUGAUGAGAUGGAGUUGGCAGAGCAGAAGAUCGAGGAGGCCGAACGCGCCAGGAAGAAGGCCCUCGGUGGUGGUGGUGAGUCCAAGGACAGACCGCGCCGACCAGAACCCGCCUUCUCCUCGGACGAGGAUGAUCAGGAUGGUGAGGGAGACGAUGACGCCGCGGCUGCUCAGGACUCUAGUCAGACGCUCGCCAGGAAGAAGCGCAUCAUCGAAAGCGACGAAGAGUAG